AUGGCUAUUAAUCAAGAAACACCCCCUUUUGCCACUCAUAGCCCCCAGAAUCUCCGUCAGGCUAUCGUCCGCUACCUAAGAGAUGAAGUUCCAGAGUUCCAACGGUUGUGGGAACUUCGGCAGAAGGUCAUGGGCUGGGAAAAUCCGGAGGGUGACCGUUUCUUUGAGAGGCAGCGUCAAGUCGCUGAUCAUGCCGACAAGAAGACAGCAAGGCAAUUCUUCAACAUGAUGAAAGGGAUAGGACGAGAGAUGCACCGGGUAACCAAUAUCUUCCGCAUCAAUAGCAUUCGACCGAGUAUCCUCGACAUGUGUAUGGCACCGGGCGGCUUCCUCGCAACAGCACUGGAAUCUAAUCCUGGGGCCCGCGCCGUUGGGUUCAGCCUACCGAGGCGUGAAGGGGGGCACAACGUCCUUCUACAAAGGAGCCCCGAUAUCUCUCUUAAAUUCCUUGAUAUCACUAUGUUAGCUGAGGAUAUGGGCCGUUUUGGGAUCCCCAACGAGCACCCUGACGCUGGAAAGUUCCUUCCUCGGCAGUUCACUCCAGAACAAGCAUUCGACCUAGUUAUAUGUGACGGUCAGGUUCUUCGGGAACAUCCCAGGGCUACAUACCGUGAGAGUCGUGAAGCAAGGAGGCUGAUUCUGACACAGCUCGCCCUCGGACUGGAGCAUACAAGACCAGGGGGAUCUAUGAUUAUUCUUCUUCACAAAGUCGAGGCACCAGCAAGCGCGCGGCUACUAUAUACAUUCGAGCAAUUUGCUUCAGUACAACUGUUCAAGCAUACGAGGUUUCAUGCUAAACGGUCCUCUUUUUACAUGCUUGCAACGAACAUUCGGAAGGAUUGUUUGGAGGCCACCACAGCGAUUAGGGAGUGGAAAAGAAUGUGGGACAUUGCAACAUUCGGAACUGAUGAAGAGUACCGGGAAAUGCUCUGUAUGGAUGACCAAGAUGCCGAUCUUUUUGUGAAGGAAUUUGGCCCUAGGCUAGCCGUAUUGGGCAAGCAUGUGUGGGAGAUCCAAGGUGAUGCGUUGGCGAAAGCUCCCUUUCUUCAGCAACAGGGAAGCCCUGAUAGAAAUGGCGGAAGGUCAGAUCUGCCAGUCUUGUAA